UAUGAAACACUGAAAUUGGAUGAAAAUGCUGAUGGUUUGGUGAUACAAGUAUGAAUUUUCAAAGAAAUUGCUUGCUAUGCAAGAACAGAAAACAAAUGUUCAAGACUUUGCAAAAAUUGAGAAUACCCUAACAAUUGAACCUCUGAGCUGUGAUCAUCAAUUGGAAUUGUCAUUUCCUACUGUGAAGGCCAUUGUUCCUCAACAGCAAGACCCAGCACUAAAAUCAAGGAUGAAUGAUUUCAGAUUCCCAAGGAAAUGUCCUCGUUUGCCCUUAUCAACUACUAAUAGUUAUAAAACCUGGAAAGGAGAAAAACAUCCAGGGACUAAUUUAGGAUUGACUUUACCCCGUGGAUACUGCAGAUACUAUUUCAAUUCAUUUAAUGGCUGUAAGAAACCAAACUGCUGGUUUUCUCAUGUUCUUGUAUCAAGAGAAGAUAAGCUUUGCAGUGAAAUAAUUAAGAAAUAUAUAAGUAUUGGUGGCGUAGUUUUGCUGCAACGGGCAGUAUAUAUAUUCUCAGAUUACUGCAAAAAAGGUACCUCCGUAUAUCACUUGGAUUUGCAAAUGUUUCAUGAUCUCCUAACAUCUUUGCUUCAGUCCUGUUUGCUGAAAGAACUUUUUCAUGUAGUACACACUGGCAUCAGAAUUAAAAUAUUACCAACUAUAGAUAUUCUACUCAAAAUAUUUGAAGAAGUGGCUUUGAUGAAAGUAAAAGAGGCAGUACCUGAAUUAUCUGAUAUCUUUCGUAAGCUUAUUGAUGUUGGAAUGGUUCUUGAACAUGAACAUAUUAGACAUAUCACCAACUUACUAAACCAGUUACAUGUUUCCAGCGAGGAAAUUGCUAUGCUUAGAUCCAGAUUUCAGGAAAGGCAUUUUCACAAGGCCAUCUUUUGUGAUUUUGAUUCAACAGUAGCAGCAUUUAAGGCCAAGAAGGUUCUGGAUGUGUUUUAUGCUUUAAAGAUACACUUCACACUUCUUAAAGGACUUCUUGAAUCACAGCAAUCGGUAUCAAGAUGUCAAGUUGUUAAUGUUGCUGUAGAAAUCUUUCUCAAAUGUGGGAAUCUUGAUGGAGCAUUAUGGGUAUUGAGAGGGUCAGAAUGGAUAAUAAAUACAGCAGCAUGGCCUUGUGAAAAAAUGGAUGUCCUAAAUCGACAUAAUCUGCUAUAUGCUGUAGCAUCUGAAUUAAUGAUAAAACAACGGUAUGAUGAAACAUUUGAAGUCUUAAGAAAUCUCCCAGGUUUUCAGAAUACUUGUGACUCUCUGGAUGUAUCUCAGAAUGGCCUUUUGUUUAAUAAACUGCUAAGUGCUUGUUCAGAAAGCAGGAACAUUGAAGUAUCAUCUAUUGUAGUGGCUUUCAUGCUUUCAAGAAAUAUCCAUAUUGAAUUUAAUUUACUUCGAGCAUUAAUCACAGCCCUAGGAAGAAGCUGUUUGUGGCUUAAGGCCAGGAAACAUUAUAAAAGUGCUUUAGCAUUGGGUUGCUAUCCAUCACCAGAGGGAAAUCUUUAUCGUAAACUUUUACUGAUUCCUUCUUAUAUGAGUGAAGUUGAAAUGCUAUUAGCAAUUGAAAUGUUUUUGGUUUCAAAUGCCAGUAGUAUUCAGAGUCCUGGAGCUUCCAAUCAAAUACUUCAAAUAGUAUUAAAAAGAUGUGAAGGUAACAAUAUUCAAAACAGUGAGGAAUAUCAGAAUGCUACAGAGAGACUGUUUCAGGCUGUUCAGAUAUCUAAUCCAAAGCUUUUCAUAAAGCAUUUGACAGUCAAUAUUAAUAAGGACCAAAUUUAUAGUUUGGAGUAUACUUCUGUACUUAAAUGGUUGAAAGAGAAUAUGAAAUGGGCAGGAAAAACCUGGCUUUUUUAGUCAAAAUUUGGUUACAGUAAUCAUUGCUUAAAAUAAAUCAAUAAAGAUUGUUUCUGUUGUUUUCAUACUCUUAAUAAUUUUAUCUUUUGGUUUUUAACAUUAAAAAAACAAUUCAGAAUAUGGCUUUCUAGGCAUGGUCAUUCAGAAGAGCCUAUUCUUGAUCAUUUUUUUUUCUGUGUCAAAAUAUUCUCACAGUUCAAGAUUAGAAUUAGAGGUUUCAUAAUCUUUACCGUCUUUCAAAAACAAGGCUGUUGCCGUGCAAAUUAGUUUAUAGUUCUGAGGACAGUAUAGUUUGCGAAAUACUUGCGUACUUAAACAGUUGGCUUUUUUAGUCAAUGAAGACUUUUGUUACAGUAAUCAUUGUUUAAAAUGAAUAAAUAAAGCUUGUUUCUGUUGUA